GAGCAACAUCAUAGAUAACGGCGGGCUCCCCUGAAGGCAGCUCUGGAUUGCCGCAGAAAUGUCCCACAGGAGAAUGCAUCUGGCCCUGUCUCUGGUCCUCAUCCUCUGUGGCCUGUUUAAUAGCAUCUUCUCUGAAAAGCAACAACACUCUCAACAGCACAUGGACCUAACCUUAUUAAAGAAAAUUGCAGCUCUCUCCCAGAAGAUGGAAGCUCACCCUAAGGCUUUUGCCCAAGAAUUGUUCAAGGCUUUGAUAAUUGAGGAUCCCAGAAAGAAUACCAUCUUCUCCCCCGUGGCCAUGACCACCACCCUGGCCACUCUCUCCCUGGUGAUCAAAUCCACAAUGAGCACCAACCACCCUGAGGACCUGAAACUUGACCCUGAACUGUUGGAUGUGCACAAGCACAUACAGCAUCUUGUCCACAUGGGGCAUGAGCUAGUGAAGAAGAAGCAACUGAAGCACCAUGACAUUCUCUUUAUCAACAGCAAAACAGUGGUCCACCAGAUGCUCCUUCAACAGAUAAGCAAGCUGCAGGGAGUGGACAUUCAGAUGAUUGACUUUACAGAUAAAGAAAAAGCCAAGAAGGCGAUCAGCCACCACAUGACUGAAAAAACACAUACGAAAAUCACAGACUUAAUCACCGACCUGAACCCUGAGACCAUCCUAUAUCUUGUCAACCAUGUUUUCUUCAAAGGCAUCUUGAAAACAGCUUUUCAGGCCAAACUCACCCAGAAGGAGGACUUCUUUGUGAAUGACCAAACCAAAGUGCAGGUGGACAUGAUGAGAAAGACAGAACGGAUGAUGUACAGCCGGUCAGAGGAGCUACUUGCUACGAUGGUUAAGAUGCCUUGCAAAGAAAAUGUGUCCCUAAUUCUUGUGCUCCCAGAUGCAGGGCAAUUUGACUCUGUUCUAAAAAAGAUGACUACUAAGCGAGCUAAACUUCAGAAAACCAGUGACUUCAGACUGGUGCACUUAGUUUUGCCCAAGUUCAAGAUCUCUGUCAAGAUAAACUUAAAGCAUCUACUUCACAAGAUUGACCCCAAACAUAUGCUGACUACCACAGCAAUUUCACGGGACAUCACAUUGAAGGCUCCCCUGCCUAAUUUGGAGGCCCUGCAUCAAGCUGAGAUAGAGGUGAGCGAGCAUGGCUUAGCUGCGGACGCAGCCAUGCACACAGAAAAUCUGCUGAAAAUCCCCCUGAACGCAAAGGAGGUCCCCGUGGUCGUGAAGGUCAACAGACCCUUCUUGCUGUUUGUGGAGGAUGAGAUGACUCAAAGAGACCUCCUUGUGGGCACAGUCGUCAACCCCCAAGUUGACUAG